CCUCCCUCCCCACGCUCCUCGCCCGCCGCCCCGCCUUGCGCCCCGGCCGUGCCCUCCCCGCGCGCCGGCGCCGCAGGAAGGAGCUGCGGGCUCCAGGCUAGCGGACCCGCGCCAUGCCCCGCAUCGAUGCGGACCUCAAGCUGGACUUCAAGGAUGUCCUCCUGCGACCCAAGCGCAGCAGCCUCAAGAGCCGAUCAGAGGUGGAUCUGGAGCGGACCUUCACAUUUCGAAACUCCAAGCAGACCUACUCAGGGAUUCCCAUCAUUGUGGCCAACAUGGACACUGUGGGGACAUUUGAGAUGGCAGCGGUGAUGUCACAGCACUCUAUGUUUACAGCAAUUCACAAGCAUUACACCCUGGACGACUGGAAGCUCUUUGCCACUGAUCACCCAGAAUGCCUGCAGCACGUAGCCGUGAGCUCCGGCAGUGGGAAGCAUGACCUGGAAAAGAUGAGCAGCAUCCUGGAAGCUGUGCCACAGGUUAAGUUUAUUUGCCUGGAUGUGGCCAAUGGCUAUUCCGAGCACUUUGUGGAAUUCGUGAAACUCGUCCGUGCCAGAUUUCCAGAGCACACCAUUAUGGCGGGGAACGUGGUGACAGGGGAGAUGGUGGAAGAGCUGAUUCUCUCCGGAGCAGAUAUAAUCAAAGUGGGAGUUGGACCAGGUUCCGUGUGCACCACCCGCACCAAGACGGGGGUGGGGUACCCCCAGCUGAGUGCCGUGAUUGAAUGCGCAGACUCUGCCCACGGCCUGAAGGGGCACAUCAUCUCUGAUGGAGGCUGCACGUGUCCAGGAGAUGUCGCCAAAGCCUUUGGAGCCGGAGCAGACUUUGUGAUGCUCGGAGGCAUGUUCUCGGGCCACACCGAGUGUGCGGGAGAGGUGAUUGAGAGGGACGGGCAGAAGCUCAAGCUCUUCUACGGGAUGAGCUCUGAAACAGCGAUGAAGAAACACGCAGGAGGGGUGGCCGAGUACAGAGCGUCGGAGGGCAAGACCGUGGAAGUGCCUUACAGAGGAGACGUAGAAAACACGAUCCUGGAUAUUCUGGGCGGACUGAGGUCUACCUGCACCUACGUGGGGGCCGCCAAGCUCAAAGAGCUCAGCAAGAGGACGACGUUCAUCCGAGUGACCCAGCAGCACAACACGGUGUUCGGCUAACCUGGGGGCAGGUGCCGGCUGCUCACGGAAGCUUCCACACGCUGCGUUCACAUCCCCGUCCAUCCGUCCAUCCGUCUGGGUUUCGGGCUGCUCCUGAACGGCGGGACGCUGCCUCCCCUGCUGCCACCCGGAGGCGCUGGG